GAAAUGGCAACAAGUCUUUUGAAGACAUCUUUGUCUUCAAGGACAAAAUUGUUACAUCAAACUGGGUUGUCACUUUACAAUACAUCUCAUGGCUUCCACGAGGAAGAAGUUAAAAAAAAACUUCAGCAAUUUGCUGGUGGAUCUGUUGACCUUCAGAAGGAAGAAAAUGGCAUUGGCAUUCUUACUCUGAACAAUCCAAGUAAAAUGAAUGCAUUCUCAGGUGUUAUGAUGCUCCAACUUCUAGAAAAAGUCAUUGAAUUGGAAAAUUGGACAGAGGGGAAAGGAGUUAUUGUGCGAGGGGCAAACAAUACUUUCUCCUCAGGAUCUGAUCUGAAUGCUGUGAAAGCACUGGGAACUCCAGAGGAUGGAGUAGCAUUAUGUAUGUACAUGCAAAACACCUUAACAAGAUUCAUGAGACUGCCAUUAGUGAGUGUUGCACUGGUUCAAGGACGGGCAUUAGGUGGAGGAGCAGAAUUUACUACAGCCUGUGAUUUCAGGUUAAUGACUCCAGAGAGUGAAAUCAGAUUUGUCCAUAAGGAGAUGGGUAUCAUUCCAAGCUGGGGGGGCACUACCCGACUGGUUGAAAUAAUUGGCAGUAGACAAGCUCUCAAAAUUUUAACUGGGGCCCUCAAGCUAGAUCCAAAAAAAGCUUUGGACAUAGGAAUGGUAGAAGAGGUCUUGCAGUCUUCGGAUGAAACUCAGUCUCUGCAAGAGGCAAGAGAAUGGCUACAACAGUUUAUCAAAGGACCACCACAUGUAAUUAGAACUUUGAAAAAGUCUGUUUCUUCAGUCAAAGAGCUAUGUAUAGAGGAGGCAUUAGAGAUGGAAAAAGAUCUCGUUGGAACAGUUUGGGGCGGACCUGCAAAUUUAGAAGCUAUUGCUAGGAGAGGAAAAUUUAAUAAAUAAUUUUAAAAAUGGGACAUAUUACAAGUAAAGGCUUCUCCAGUGGUAAAUAUGUAUAAA